AUGGUGAAGGACGCACCGCCUGCAGCCCCUGUGAUGAUGCCAGAGGAAAUGCAGGCUGAGGCCGAGCUACGGAUGCGCGACAUAAGCCAGCGCUUUCGCUCUAUCCCAGAGGACCACGACGAGCUGCUUUGGUUACUCGAGGAAGCCGAAAUGUGGUUGUCCAGGGUGGAUCAAUCUCCGCCCGAGAGCAUGUACAAUGCUCUUCGCCCCACUAUGGCUGUUUUGGUUACAAAUGAGCUACUGGAGCACCCUGAUCCCAACGUGAAGAUUGCUCUCGCCUCUUGCUUAACUGAAGUUACCAGGAUUACCGCCCCAGACGCCCCCUAUGAUGAUGAUGUUAUGAAGGACGUUUUUAAGAGAAUUGUGGAUACUUUUGCUGACUUGGGUGAUAUGAACAGCCCCUCUUUUUCAAGGAGGGUUUCGAUCCUUAAUUGUUUUGCAUGGGUUCGAUAUUGUAUUCUGAUGUUGGAUCUUGACUUGGACCAUAUGAUACUGGACAUGUUCCGUCAUUUCUUCAAAACUGCCUCCACCAGGCAUUCAGAACAAGUCACCCGCUGUAUGGAAAUUAUAAUGCUGUUUAUAAUUCAGGAGAGCGGUGAUGUCCAUGCUGAACUGGCAUCGUGCCUGCUUCAGAACCUUAAAAAAGAAACACAAGAAACACUCCCAGCAUCUUUUGGACUUGCAGAGAGGGUACUAGGCCUAUGCAGGGACAAGCUUAAACCUGUGCUUCAUGAGUUACUUAAGGGCAGUCCCUUGGAUGAAUACAGCAAUGUUGUUAAAACGUUGUUCCAAGAUGCUUCAGAUGUUGGAGAAAACAGUGUUGAUGCAUCAGGAAAAGACAUGGUUAGUGAAGGUAAACUUUCUGGAAACUCUGUUUCUGAUGAGUCACCACAGGAAACUUCAAAGGUGGACCAAAAUGUCAAUUGCCUAGGCCAAGAUGGUACGAGUGCAAGCAGUACUCCCACAACUGCCAUUAGCAAUGGCGCAGCUCCAGUUGACAAUGUCAAGUCUCCAGAUGGAACAGAUUCUUCAAAACAGAAGCAAGAACUGACUUCUGAACUGAUUUCUCUUGACAAGCAGACCAAAAGUUCUGAGCAAUUGAUAUCUUGUGAUGAAGAAGUACAAGAACCAGUGACUGUUCAGACUGAAAAGCAAUCUGAUGUCAAUUCAAAGAAAGAUCAGAAGCUUGGUUCUUCCAUUGAAUCUGAGAUGAGUGAACAAUCAAAGGUUGUUAAAGACAACGAGAGUCUAGUAGCAUCUGAGUUAUCCCCAGAGACAAAUGAUGGUGAUAAAAAGAAGCUAUCAGAGACUGGCAAUAUAACUGCUGAGGAAUCAUCAAAACCAACUGAUACUAAGCCUGCUGCGGUUAGGCCAAAGAGAAACCGACCUCUAGCAGCAAAGUCUCAGGAGAAAAUGCCUGUUGGAAACAAACAUGCAUCAGACCUAAAAUCUGCAAAACUUGGUCCUGUCACUGAUUCUGGAGGGAGAGCUACAAGGCAACUGAAUAAAGAUGCUGCGAAGUCUUCAUCAACUAAGGCUGCUGCAGGAGAAUCUGGCAAGAAGCAACAUAAAACUAGUAUGAAAUUGCAGAGAGAAGAUGCUAUCUCUGAUAAAGGCACCGAUGAAGAUAUUAGUUUGAAGGAAAUGGUGUCCCCAACAAGAAUCGAUAAAUCAAAAAGGCAACAAGAGGAUGGUGGGGCGUCAUCAAAAAGGAAACGUUUGCAGGAAGCUCAAGAGACCCCUCUAUCAAAGAAAAACAAAAUGCUUGAUGAAAACCUUGUUGGCUCAAGAAUCAAAGUUUGGUGGCCAGAUGACAAAAUGUUCUACGCGGGUGUUGUAGAAUCAUUUAAUGCAUCCUCAAAGAAGCACAAGGUUUUGUAUGAUGAUGGUGAUGUUGAGGUACUAGUGCUUAAGAAGGAAAGAUGGGAGUUCAUUUCUGAGGAACACGACACUGAUCCUGAUGCACCAUCUAAUUUACGACGUGGCAGAAAAGCUAAAGGGAGCUCGGGUCAACAAAUCAAUGAAGGAAAAACAGGAACACCUCAAAGUGGCAGUGAUGUUAAAAAUCCUCCCAAGAAGAGAUGGUGUCCAAAACGCUCAGUGACUCCAGCCAGACUGAAGGGAAAAAGUGCUGACAAGGAUAGUCAAGAAACGCCUAAGACUGGCAUUAACUCUAAGGAAGGUGCAAGGCCCUCUCGAUCUACGCGAAAGGCUAAUAAGUAUGCUGUUGUCAAGGCAAGCAGCAAGGAUGAGCCUGAUAACACCGACAACUCAAUGCAUGAUGCUGGCAGUGAAGACAAGAAUUCACAACAUAAAGUGAAAUCCAGUGAAGCUAUUGAUGGAUCCAAGACCAAUGCUCUUUCAACCAAAAGGAAGCCAGAGGAGAAUGAAGGUGAGUCAUCGGAGGAGGAGAAGGGGUCUGCUAAAACCACAAGCAGAAACAAGCGCAGAAGAAAGAGCCGCAACUAG